AUGCAGCAUUGCAGAACUCUCUCCCUUUCCUCCUUUGAUCUCCUCUCCCCGCCGCCUCCUCGCUCCCUCCUCUGCAUUUCGCUACCCUUUCUCCCAAAUCUCCCACCGUCUCCCUUUCACCUCCGCCUUCCCUUUCCCCUCCUCGUUCCACCGCCUCCUCUGCCCUGUCCUGCUCCCUGCCCCUGCUUCUACUGGGGCGGGUUGGAAAGUAGUGGUGAUAUUGCUGUGGAGAAUUUGGCUAUGUUCGGUAGAGUGAGUGAGUCAGACGGGAAAGACGGGGUAGUGAGGGGGAAUGGGGAAGGGAAUGAGGCUGACGUGGCUGGUCUCGGGAAUGAGGUGGAGAGGAUGAGGGAUGACGUGGAGAAGGUUAAGGUUGAGGUGGCAGGAAGGGCGAAAGAAGAGGAGGUAAGGAAAAAAGCCAUCAAUAGCCUGAGGAAGGAGGUCGAGGGUCUGAAGUACGGAAGUAGUGAUGUAAGGAAGUGCCUGGACGAGCUGAGGGCUGAGAUGAAGGCAGAAAUGGCUAUGUUGGUGGAGGAGCGGGAGAAGAGGAUAUUGGGCAAGUUGGAUCAGUUGAGGCGUGAGGUGGAAGAGGGAAGGGCGGAGGAGACAGGGAGGAUGAGGGAGUUGAGGGAGGAGGUGGACGCGGGAAAGGUAGAGGUGGCUUGGAGGUUGAGUGAGUUGCGGCAACGCCUGGAUGAGAGGAAAAUGGAGGCAAGUGGCGGUGCGGCCGGUGCAAUGGAUGGCGGGGAGUGGGUGGAAGUGUUGAGUGCACGGAUGGAGAACUUCCGGGAAGUUGCCACGAGAGUUGAGGGGGAAAUCCAAUCUCUGUGGGCGGCGUUCCACAGUGUUGGGCUGUGA